AUGUCGCAGUCAUCCUCGCAGAGUCCAGACAGCUGGAUAGGCCAAUUUUGCAGCCUCGUGGGACACGAAUACUUUGCCGAAGUCAGCGAGGACUUUAUUGAGGACGACUUCAACCUGACUGGCCUUCAAGCUCAAGUACCAAUGUACAAAGAUGCUCUGGAAAUGAUUCUUGAUGUCGAACCUUCGGAUACAAAUUCGUCCGCAUUGUCCGAUGAGGAGGAGGAGGAAGAAGAGGAAGAAGAGGAUGAUGGGCUGCUUGGUGACGAACUUGACGAUCCCGCCGCGAACGGUGGCGCGAGGCGACAAGCAGGCAUGUCGGCAGGAAGCAGAAAGCACGGACGGUCAUCAUCGGAUACUUCCGUGAUUGAAUCAUCUGCAGAAUUACUCUACGGUCUCAUACACGCCCGGUACAUCACCUCGAGGCCGGGGAUCCAGCAAAUGAUGGAGAAGUACGAAUUAACUCACUUUGGCUUCUGUCCGCGAGUAUAUUGUGCUGGUGCCAAGGUCCUCCCCAUUGGAUUGACAGAUACUCCAGGCCAACAAACGGUGAAACUUUUUUGUCCGAGCUGUCAGGACGCAUACACGCCACCAAAUUCUCGGUUUCAGGCGGUUGAUGGAGCGUUCUUUGGAACGACAUUUCCGUACUUGUUCUUGAUGUCCUACCCUGAUCUCGACAUUGCUCCACCUAAGAGACAACGAGCACGAGAUUCGACACAUCAAGGCAAUGAUGACGUAGAAAGCACGCUCAGCCCCAGCGAAGCGAAUGUCGCUCGUGCAGGUAUGACCGCCAGCAGAAGCUCAAGUCUGACCUUGCCACAACCGCCUACGAUUCCGGGCGUCACAACUACCAAGGAUGAUAAACAGGCGCUGGUAAAUGCUCCACCGAGCCUCCCACCUCAGCCAGCGAGCAUCAAUGGAAUCGCCACCGGCAAUCUUGCCCCUGGACUAGGUAAAGGGAAGAUCUACGAGCCCAAAAUAUAUGGCUUCCGUGUAUCGGAGCGAGCCAAGAGCGGUCCAAGAAUGCGAUGGUUGCGUUCAAAACCAGCAGAUAUAAAUGAGCUUGACGAAGCACGGCUGUGGCAUGAAAGAUAUGGUGGGACUGUGGACGGAGAUCCCGAUGAAGAAGCUGAGCAGACUGCUGGCGAGCAGGAAGAUGAGGAUGCCGAAGACGAUGGUGCGGAUGCUGAUGGGGAUGCAAUUAUGGCUAGUCAGAGCCAGGCUAAGAGCAAGGAUAACCAAGGUUCUGGAAAAUCAAAACGGAAGACUCCGGGUCAAAAACACGGUCAGCAACAAGAAAGCACGACUUGGGUAUGA